AUGUUACAGCUACUGCCACCACCCCGCAAAGGCCUCUCAAUCCCCACGGAGCUGGAGGAUGGGAAGCACGUGCUGCUGCUGCUGCAGACCUCACUUGUCACCAGAAGGUCAGAAGAUGCCCCCUGCCCACUUCCGCCUUCCAAAUCUCAAUGCCAGCGCUGCGACGCCGCGGACCCCCGGCUGCACCACAACGCCUCCUACCUCACCGACUUCCACAGCCAAGACGACAGCACCUGGUGGCAGAGCCCGACCAUGGCCUUCAGUGUGCAGUACCCCACCUCCGUCAACAUCACCCUCCGCCUGGGGAAAGCUUACGAGAUCACCUACGUGCGGCUGAAGUUCCACACCAGCCGUCCCGAGAGCUUCGCCGUGUACAAGCGCAGCCGAGCGGGCGCGCCCUGGGAGCCCUACCAGUACUACAGCGCCUCCUGCCAGAAGACCUACGGCAGGCCCGAGGGCCAGUACCUGCGCCCCGGCCAGGACGAGCGCGUGGCCUUCUGCACCUCUGAGUUCAGCGACAUCUCGCCCCUGAGCGGGGGCAACGUGGCGUUUUCCACCCUGGAGGGCCGUCCCAGCGCCUACAGCUUCGAGGACAGCCCCGUGCUGCAGGAGUGGGUCACCAGCACCGAGCUCCUCAUCUCCCUAGACCGCCUCAACACGUUUGGGGAUGACAUCUUCAAGGACCCCAAGGUGCUGCAAUCCUACUACUACGCCGUGUCUGACUUCUCUGUGGGCGGCAGGUGCAAAUGCAACGGCCACUGCCUUGGUCUGGGCCCCAAAACCCCUGCUCCAGGCACCAAAGCAACCUCUCCCUGCUCUACCCGCCCCUCGCCCUCCUCUACCUGCAAAUGUGGUUACACCCGCCCCUUCACCCAAGCUUGCAACUGCAGCGGCCACUCUGAGCAGUGCACGUUUGACCGGGAGCUCUGCCGAAGCACAGGCCAUGGCGGGCGCUGCCUCCCCUGCCGAGACCACCCGGCCGGGCCCCACUGCCAGCACUGCCAGGAGGACUUCUACCGCUGGCACCUGGGGACACCCUGCCAGCCCUGUGACUGCCACCCGGCAGGCUCCCUGCGUCUCCAGUGCGAUGACUCGGGCACCUGCCUUUGCAAGGCCACUGUGACGGGCUGGAAGUGUGACCGCUGCCUGCCCGGGUUCCACUCGCUCAGCGAGGGAGGCUGCAGGCCCUGCACCUGCAAUCCUGCUGGCAGCCUGGGUGUCUGUGACCCCCACAGCGGGCGCUGCCCCUGCAAGGAGAAUGUGGAAGGCAGACUGUGUGACAGGUGUCGCCCGGGGACCUUUAACCUGCAGCCCCACAACCCGGCCGGCUGCAGCAGCUGCUUCUGCUUCGGCCACUCCAAGGUGUGUGGGGCCGCCACCCAGUUCCGGGUACACCACAUCCUCUCCGACUUCUGCCAGGGAGCCCAUGACGACGGCUGGCAGGUCAGCAGCGUAGGGGGCUCAGAGCGUCCCGCACAAUGGAGUCCAGGGGGGCUUCUCCUGAACCCUGAAGAUGAGGAGCUCACGGCACCAGAGAAGUUCCUGGGAGACCAACGUUUCAGCUACGGGCAGCCCCUCACGCUGACCUUCCAGGUACCCCCCGGGGGAUCCCCAGGCCCCGUGCUGCUGAGGCUGGAAGGGGCGGGCCUGGCCCUCACUCUGCAACACUCCAGCCUGGCCGGCCCCCAGGACAAUGGGCAGCCAGGCGAGGUGCAGCUCAAGUUCCAGCUGCAGGAGACCUCAGAGGACGUGGACCCUCCACUGCCCCCCUUCCUCUUCCAGCGGCUGCUGGCCAACCUGACCACUCUGCGCAUCCGGACCAGCCCCAGCCCUUCCGGCCAGGUGUUCCUGUCCGAAGUCCGGCUCACGUCGGCGCAACGGGGGCCGCCCCCCUCAGCCUCCUGGGUGGAGUCUUGCUCAUGCCCCAAGGGAUACGCGGGCCAGUUCUGUGAAUCUUGUGCUCCAGGAUACAAGAGGGAGACACCUCUGGGGGGUCCCUAUGUCAACUGUGUCCCCUGCACCUGUAAUCAGCAUGGCACCUGUGACCCCAACACAGGGAUCUGUCUGUGUGGCCACCACACGGAGGGCCCGUCCUGUGAGCGCUGCUCGCCAGGCUUCCAUGGCAACCCCUUCGUGGGCCAAGCUGAGGACUGCCAGCCCUGCCCGUGCCCUGGACGGUCAGCCUGCACUGCCCUCCCGGAGAGCAGGGAGGUGGUGUGCACCCACUGUCCUCCGGGCCAGAGAGGGCGGCGCUGUGAGAUCUGUGAUGAUGGCUUUUUCGGGGACCCGCUGGGACUCUCUGGGGACCCCCAGCCCUGCCAGCGGUGCCACUGCAGCGGGAAUGUGGACCCCAACGCCGUGGGCAACUGCGACCCCCUGUCUGGCCGUUGCCUGCGUUGCCUGCACAACACAACAGGUCCUCUCUGUGACCAAUGUCAGGAAGGCUUCUAUGGCAGUGCCCUGGCCCCUCGGCCCGCAGACAAGUGCAUGCCCUGCAGCUGCAAUCCGGGGGGCUCGGUCAGUGAGCCCUGUGACCCAGCGACCGGCCAGUGCUCCUGCCUGCCUCAUGUGACCGGACGGGACUGUGGCCGCUGCAGCCCAGGCUUCUACGACCUCCAGCCCGGGAAGGGCUGCCAGAGCUGUAAGUGCCACCCACUGGGCUCCCAGGAGAACCAGUGCGACCCCAGGACUGGGCAGUGCCCCUGCCGCCCAGGCGUCGAGGGCCAGGCCUGCGACAGAUGCCAGCUGGGUUUCUUCGGCUUCUCCGUCAAGGGCUGCCGGGCCUGCAGGUGCUCCCCGCUGGGUGCCGCCUCGGCCCAGUGCCAUGAGAACAGCACGUGCGUGUGCAGGCCUGGCUUCGUGGGCUACAAGUGUGACCGCUGCCGGGACAACUUCUUCCUCACGGCCGGCGGUGCACAAUGCCAGGAGUGUCCAUCUUGCUACGCCCUGGUGAAGGAGGAGGCUGCCAAGCUGAAGGCCAGGCUGAUGCUGAUGGAGGGAUGGCUGCAGGGGUCUGACUGUGGCAGGCCCUGGGAACCAAUGGACAUCCUGCAGGGAGAAGCCCCGAGGGGAGACAUCUACCAGGGCCACCAGCUGCUGCAAGGGUUCUGGGAAGCCUCACUGGAGCAGGUGACAAGCCUUGAGGGUGCCGUGAAGGCUGCCCGGGAGCAGCUGCAGGCACUGGACAGGAAGGCUCGCUGUGCCCAGGCUGGAGCCCAGAAGACCUGCAUCCAGCUGGCGGACCUAGAUGCAGUGCUGGAGUCCUCGGAAGAGGAGAUUCUGCAUGCAGCCACAGUUCUGGCAUCGCUGGUGAUUCCUCAGGAAGUGCCCGGCCAGCCCACCAAAUGGAGCCACCUGGCCACAGAGGCCCGUGCCCUUGCCAGGAGCCACAAGGACACUGCCGCCAAGAUCAAGGCCACUGCUCGGAGGGCUCUGCUUGCCUCCAACACCAGUUACACGCUUCUCUGGAGUCUGGUGGAGGGCAGAGCGGCCCUGGAGGCCCAGCGGGAGCUGGAGGACAGGUACCAGGAGGUCCAGGUGGCCCAGAAGGCGCUGGGCACAGCUGUGGCAGAGGCGCUGCCCGAAGCCGAGAGGGUGCUGGCCACCGUGCAGCAAGCUGGCACAGAUGCGGCUCUGCACCUGACCUCCUCCUUGGCUGUCUCUCCAGCACUGCUGCGGAAGUCUCAGGCCCAGGGCCUGGACCUGAAGGUGCAGGUCCUUGAGAAGACAGUCACGUCCAGAGAGCGCAGGGUCACCGAAGUGGCCCGGGCCCUCCAGGCCACCGCCCAGGCCGUGCUGCACAAGGCAGAGCCCCUCGCGCAGCUGCAGCAGGAGGCCACAGCCGCCCUGUCCCAGGCUUCCUCGUCAGUCCAGGCUGCCUCAGUGACUGUCACGGGAGCCAGGACUCUGCUGGCUGACCUGGAAGGAAUGAAGCUGCAGUUUCCUCGGCCCAAGGACCGGGCUGCGCUGAGGAGGAAGGCAGGCACCGUCCGGGGCAGGCUCCUCGAGGACUCGAAAAAGAAGACCAAGCAGGCGGAGAGGAUGCUGGGAAAUGCGGCAUCCGUCUCCUCCAGCGCCGUGAAGAAGGCCAAGGAAGCCGAGCUGUUGGCCAAGGACGGUGCCAAGCUCGCCAAGGCCCUGCUGAGGGAGGGGAAGCGGGAGCACCGUCACGCCAGCCGGCUCUCCAGCCAGACACAGGCGACUCUCAGACAGGCCUCCAGGCAGGUGCUAGCCUCAGGAGCUCGCAGGCGGGAGCUGGAGGAAGCUGAGCAGGUGGGUGCCAGGCUGAGCGAGAUGGAGCGGCAGAUCCAGGAAUCGCGUGCCUCCCUGGAGAAGGAUGUCAAGGCCUUGUCAGAGCUGCUCGCCAGGCUGGGGUCCCUGGACACCCAUCGAGCCCCAGCCCAGGCUCUGAAUGAGACCCAGAGGACACUGGAGCGCCUGAGGCUCCGGCUGGGCCCGCCCGGGGCCCUGCAGGGGAAACUGAGGCUGCUGGAGCAGGAGUCUGAGCAGCAGGAGCUGCAGAUCCAGACCUUUGAGAGUGACCUUGCCGAGAUCCGCGCCGACAAGCAGAACUUGGAGGCCAUUCUGCAGAGUCUGCCCAAGAGCUGUGCCAGCUGGCAGUGAGGGCCACUGGACCCCGCUGAGCCCCCAGCUCAGGGCAUACGCCCAUGGGUGCGCCCAGAGCCUGCGCUGCAUCCCUCCCCUGAGCGGACACUCACACACCCUUCCAAGGCCGUGCCUGUACCCCUCCACCCAGCAGGAUCGAAUGUGCGUCAUUCGUGGGUCACCCAGGCAGCCACCGUGUACACUGCCGCCCCGGGCAUGCGUCAACACGCACACCACAGUGUCACUGACACUUAUAUACAUGCACCUGUACUCAUGCUUGUGUGUGUGGUGCACGCAUGUGCUCAGGUCCAUCUGUGCACAUACAUGCAUUAGUCAAUCCACAAAUGCUCGUCCAGCACUGGAUGUGUGCUGCACACCCUCUGGGUGCUGGGGGGUUAUGUUAAACACCCUGUGGCACAACACGCUCCCUCUCUCCUGAAAGCAGAGUCCCGGGCAGGUCGGUACCUGGGAGGCUGCGGGCGCAUCCCCAGAGAUUCAGGGUGGUUUCAACCAGCACCACGACCCAGCCCUGCGGAGAGAUCACUGGCUUCAUGGAAGACUUCGUUCUCAGGACCUUUUUAGCCUGUGGCCCGUCCAAAGAGCUGGAGUGGCAGGGAGCUCCCCUUUGUGACCCCAUGACCCCAGAUGGCCUUGGACUGAUUGACACUUCCUGAAUGAGCCCUGUGGCUCUGUGCCCCACCCUGCUAUGAGGGAGGCCUCUGCUGGGUGUGGAAGCCUGGCUGCCUUUCCGGUGUGUCCUGCUGGAGAAUCCCCCAGUGGCCAGGCCCCCCUGCUGGCCUCUGCCUAGGAUUCCCUGGCAUUUCCUCCUGGCACUCCUCCCUCUUCCCGGGCCCUCUUCCCACAGACAGCAGGGCCUUGGCACUGGGCGGAUGGGUGCCUCAAGGGGCCCAGGCCCUCCCACAGCUCUUCCUGCCCCCAGAGGGGGGACAAGCAGCAGCAGAGACCGAUUCUGUUUAAUGUGGAAAUAAAGGGCCUCUUUACUAGCCGGGCGGUGUACCUUCUGUUCUCCCAUGCUGGUUGGCAGCGGAGGCCCUGGUUAUGGCUACACACAUGGCACACCCCGACUGUGUGACACUCAGUGCCCAGGGAGUGGGUGGAAGAACAUGUGAUGAUCCAUCUUAGCCCACACGCAGUAGCAGGAAGGUGACAAAAGCUGAGCCCACUGGCUCGGCCAGGACCUUCCUGCGGGAGGGAUUUUGCUGGGCUCCUGCGACCACAGGCACCUGCUCCAGGGGGCUUAUCAGGCAAAGUCUAGGGACUGGGCAGUUUGAAGGGUGGGGUCCAGAGAGGCCCUCAGCUGACCUCUGGUUCAGUCUGAAGACACUGAGGCAGGAAAUGAACUUAGAACCUAGUGGUUAGCAGGACAGGU